AUGAUACAAUCAAGUUUAUAUUUGAUGGUUUUGCUAAUAGCGUGGAUAACAAUUUUUUCUCUGACAUCUUCGGUAUCUGGUCUUGGAAGUUUUACACAUAAUGAAAUGAAUCCAUUCGAAACAAAACCGCGGAUAUGGAAAUACCUGACAUAUUUCGAUGGGACAGUAGUUCUUCGAAUUAUUAAUAGGAAUCCUAAUAUAACAUCUCUUGAUAAUGAAGCGUGGAUAAGACCAGUGUUAUCUUUACGCAUUAUUCAUCCUAAUGGAACAGUCAGCGAAAUAGACAAAGACCUAGAGAUUCCAGAAUUUAACUGGCACAUUACUAUAAGCCCUGAUGGUUACCUCCUGGACCCUGUAAAUAUAUAUGCGCUUCAAAAAGGCUUCUUACUUUUUAGAUACUUUAAUGCUUCAAAUCCGGACGAUAUUAAUACUUAUGAAGAAUGGGGACGUAUUAUUGACUGGAAUGGCAAUUUAUAUGAUAAUGUAUAUUUCUCGAAGGCUAACAUCGAAAAUGGUACAUGGUACCCAACAAAAACGUCCAUAGUGAAUAACGUUAAUCCAGAAAAAGGGUUUAUAAAGAUAUAUUGGAGGGUGGAUUAUGUCGAAUGGCAACAAUAUACGAUAGAUGAUGCAUUCAAUUUUAUAAAGCUAUCAUAUGGAAAUCUUUCAUAUCUCGAAAAUACGACAGCAUUUAAUGUCAUGGGUACGGUUGACGAUGGUUAUAGCAUAAUUAUGGGAAUUUCCACCUCCUCCGAUAACGACGAAGAUCCUUUAGAAACUAGUGCCGCGGUGUAUGUUUUAACAAAAGGAUACGAUGAUAAACAAUUUGGUGCACCAAAACUGCUUUAUCAAUCAAACUUAGCUAAUAUUACGAUAUCCAAUAUAUUUUCUGGCAUUUCAAGUACUGGAAUUGGACAAGUUUGUACGCUCAACAUCACUCAGAACACUGUUACUAGUUCCAGAAAUUAUUAUGUGAAACUUAAUUUCUUAUCAUCUGGCUCUGUUACAGAAAUCAUCCCCAUCCCAUUAAGCUAUUUACCAGUAUUACCUUCAAAUUCUACGACAAGAUGGUUAGUGGCCAGUAUUCCUUAUGGUGGUUAUGUAUUCUAUGGUCGUUUUCCGGAUGCAAACAAUAAUACCAAUGUUUAUGUAUACUAUUUUGACGAAUAUGAAAAUAAGUUUACGGCCUGGGAUAGUCGUGAACCAUCAGUUUUAAAUUUGCGAGGAAUUUUUAUAAUUCUGCCUAAUAAUACUAUGUUAAUAUCACAAAUGGAAGAUUUUAAUAUGUGGAGUUUUUUGACCACUGAUAUUCCUAAACUCACAAAUUUAGAUAAUAAUUAUUCAAAUCUUCAAAUAAAUUCUACUAGUCCUUCAAUAAAUGAUAAUAUUUCAACUUUAACGAAUAAUAUUACAAUCACAUAUUAUGAACCAGUAGAACUUUCUGAUGGAAAUAUUUCGAUCUAUCAAAUUGAUAAUAGUGGUAACAAUAUUAUUCGACAAUUUGUUAAUGGCAUCAAAAGCUCCGAUUUUUGUUCCAUUUCCGACGAUGGAUUAACUGUAACUGUUAAACUUAUCAAAAGUACCUUUAGUAAUCCUAAUAGCAAAUUUUAUGUUAAAAUUGGCAGUAAUUUUGCGAGAAGCAGAGCAUACAAAGAAUCCUUAAUGGGUGUAUAUGAUGUUUGGAAAUUCAAUACGAAUCCGAUUGAAGAACCUUUAGCUGGCAAAGUAUCUGGAGUGCUGCGUUUAACUAUAGAAGGCACCGAAUACUUUGAAAAUCUUAAUUCAACUGGAAAAAAUCAAUUCUUUGCAAAUCUACAUCUUGAAUUAUCUAAAAUUAUUCCUAUUAAUAUUAAGCGACUAAGUUCAAAUGGGAAAACUCAAGUUGACACCACUGUUAGUCCAAGUCGUCAAAUAUUUAUUUCACUUAAUAUUGAACCAUCCAAUGAAGGAAGAAGUGUAGCAUCUAUUAUAGAUAAUUUAAAUGAAAUGAUUAAAUAUAAAAGUAUAACUUCCAUUGGUUUAAACCCUAUCACAAAGUAUUUAGAUGAAAAUUUUGGAUUUACACCAAAACAAGACUUAUGGGAUGAAUAUAAGUGUAGAUUUUUGGGUGUUUUAUUAAUACUUGCAAUUUUAUUGGUUCUUUUCUUAAUAGCGGAAAAAAUGCAAAGAAAGGGUCGAAACAUUGCUAUCUUACAUCUUGGAUUAAUUAUUUUUGAUUUUGUAUUGGAUGUCCUUUUUGUCAGUAAGAAUGGUAAAGUUAUUGAAUUAUUAUAUAUUCCAAGUCAUGAAAACAAAUCUAAAGAUUUCUUGUAUUGGUUCUCUCAAAAUGAAAAGUUGGCAUCAGUAUUUACAGUUUUAUCAAGCGCUGACAUUGAAGCAUUAAGUAUUCUCCAUUCAAAUAUAGCCGGACUUAAAUGUUUCCAAGCUCCAAUUUCAACUAAAGGAAAAAAUAGAAUCUUUUGGGCGUCUUGUUUAACCGUUUUUGUUGAAGAUAUACCGCAAUUGAUUAUUCAGUUAAUAUACUAUUAUAAUGUGAUUACAUAUGAUAUAAUUCCUCUCCUUGCACUCGUCUCUUCAUGUCUUAGUUUGUUAAUAAAUAUUAUUGGCAAAUUAUUUCAAGCAAUAAAUAGUUGCCGGCCUGGAACUUUAGAAUAUGACGGUCAAGAUGAUUUUCAAAAACUUCAGACACCAACUACUGAAAGAAGUUCCGCUUCAGACGAAUCAAUAUCACAUUCAAUUGAUAUCAAAGAAGAAAAUGAAAAAAAUAGUGAUAAAAAUAAUUUGACAGGAAGUUCAAAAAGUAGCUUUCAGGAAGUAAUACUUUGA